AUGAUAAGUUCAUUACCAACACGAUGGGAAAUUGAAUUAGAAUUCGUUCAAUCAUUAAGUAAUAUCCAAUAUUUGAACUUCUUAGCUCAAAAUAACUAUUUACAAGAUGUUAAUUUCAUAAAUUAUUUGAAUUACUUACAAUAUUGGAAUCAACCUCAAUAUUCAAAAUAUUUGGUAUACCCUAAUUGUUUACAUAUUUUAACCUUGUUGCAAGAUAAGAAAUUCCGGACUAAUAUCGUUAAUCCAGAAUUCAUGAAUAAUUUAAUGAAUGAUAUGGUUAAAAGAUGGCAAGAUGCUGAUACUACUUUAAUGACUCCUCCAAGUGCUCCUCAUACAAGUAAUAGUAAUGGUAAUGGUAAUGGUAAUGGUAAUGGUAAUGGUAAUGCAAGUAUAUCUCACAAUAGCAAUGUCACCAGUAAUGAUAUCAGGGAUAGCAGUAUUAAUGAAGAGGAUGAAAAGGUGGAAGAAACGAGUUAA